GGGAUCUUAAAAUGGCUGACACACGUCCGCAGUUUCAUUAAAAAGAAAGUCCUUCUGGUUAAACGGUGCGUGUUUCCGAGGGGACGAUACAUUGUGUUGCACCGCGUCGGAAGCCCGUCUGAAUUGACUAAGAAACGAAAAUAUAAUAUUAAAUAAACCAGAACUGAAGAUUUAAACCGAGGGGUUUUCACGCCGUUUAUCUCAGAUUAACCGAAAGAAAGACGGGAAUCGAAAAUGCUGAUUAAAGUCAAGACCUUGACUGGAAAGGAGAUUGAAAUCGAUAUUGAACCCACAGAUAAGGUGGAGAGAAUAAAGGAGAGAGUGGAGGAGAAGGAGGGGAUCCCCCCACAGCAACAGAGACUCAUCUACAGCGGGAAACAGAUGAACGAUGAGAAGACGGCUGCCGAUUACAAAAUCCAAGGAGGGUCGGUGCUUCAUCUGGUCCUGGCUUUGAGGGGAGGACGGGAGGGGCGAUGAGCCAGUCCUCCACAAUCCCACCAUGCACCAUUCCCCUGAACCUCACCCCCACCCCCCCCACAGCACGCCCCCUGUAGAAUAUCUAUGAUGCGCAACUCCAGUACCAGAUUCACCUUUAACAAGAACUGCAGAGACUCGCUGCGUGUUCUCUGCGUGUUCUCUGCGUGUUCUCUGUGUGUGUGUGUGUGUGUGUGUAAGUGAGAGAGAGAGAGAGAGAGAGAGAGGGAGAGAGAGUCUGUUUCUUUUCCUGUGGGUUUGUUCUGUGUAAUGUGAGAGAGAGAGAGAGAGAGAGAUAUUGGAAGAGUUUCUUCUCCAAAAUUUGGAAACUAAAAAAAACAUCCCAAUGUUUUUAUUCUUUUGGUUUGAAAAUGUUUGCAUUUCAUGUUAUCAAAAAUAAACAGAUUGGGGGGGAAAAAAAAGUAUUUUAUCCCUCUAUUAUACAGAA